AUGGGGAAUACCUCGGACAGCAGCUCCGCAGGAGGAUAUACCGGUCGUCGCCACGCGGAUUACUGGAAGCUCCCGUGCACUAGGAAUGGAAUAGACGAAUUUCUUUCUCGGGACGAGCUCCCCAUGCGAGGAUUGCUGCAGGAUUCCAGCCAAAGCCCCCCAGGCCUUUGGACAGCGGGUGACUACCUAGUUCUCUAG